AGGUCACCACCGAGCAUGCGCAGAUCUGGAGCAGGUUACACGAGUUUAUUUUCAGCCUUUCUCUUGGAGACGGGUAAAGAUGGUGUAAACUGGCCGCGGUCCACCCUUGUGCGAUUGUAACAAUGUUGUCCCUGGACACCUAGGAGUUAACAUCUGAGAGGAAACGUCUCCGGAGCACCGAGGGUUGGAAUUUAACGGUGACAUGUGAAAUGUUGCUGCGUGGUUUGUCGGUAUUUCCAGGCGGCAACGGACAGACCAAGCCUGGCUAGGUUAAGCUAGCUAGCUGGUAGCCAAGCAGCUCGGAUAGCUAUCGUUUACCUGAGCGUGUUGAAGUGUUGACGCAACGUUUAUAACAGCUUGUACUUUAAUAUACCGGUAAUAUCAUCUACAGACUGUCAAGUUUCACCCCAGACCGCUGUUUCAAUGCACACACUGGACGGUGAAGCUACUUAGCUAAUGUUAGCUACGUGUGCGCUGGACACCGCUGUGUGUGAGAGAGUGAGUGAAUCCCUUUAGCUCGCGACAUCCACAUUUAAAACUUCCUUUGACGUACUCGUCGUUCAUUUCAACCAGUCUGUUACAGCAGUGCUGAAAUGCAGCGCUAACACAUGCUAGCUGUUUGCUAGGAGCUCACGUCGCACUACAGCAGUCAUAUUGUUUUGGCUGACAUGGCAGCCAGCGGAUACUCUGACCUGAGGGAGAAGCUGAAGUCCAUGACUCCACACAGAGACGAGCACAGGAAUAAAUACGCGGACGGGACGAGUAACGGCAGCAGCGGAAAAGGACGGAAGCGCAAGUUCAGAGAGUCCGACGACGAUGAGUUUGAGCACAGCGAUGACAGCGCGGACCACAGGGAGCAGGAGGCCAGCCGGGUGAGGAGCAGCAUCCAGCAGAAGAACAUCUUCACACUGGAGGAGUGCGCCCUCAUCGAGGAGAAGAUCGACGACGUGGUUGCCAAAGCAGAGGCUGGACGUUACCGUGAGCACACCGUGGACAGGGCGCCCCUCCGUAACAAGUACUUCUUCGGGGAGGGCUACACGUAUGGGUCCCAGCUGGAGAAGCGUGGACCGGGCCAGGAGAGGCUGUACCGCAAAGGGGAAGUGGAUGAGAUCCCUAACUGGGUGCACGAGCUGGUGAUUAAGCGUCUUGUGUCCUGUGGAGUGGUCCCAGAAGGGUUUGUCAACAGUGCAGUCAUCAAUGAUUAUCAACCAGGUGGCUGCAUUGUGUCACAUGUAGAUCCCCUGCACAUCUUUGCACGCCCCAUCGUCUCAGUGUCCUUCUUCAGUGACAGCGCGCUCUGCUUUGGCUGCCGUUUCCAGUUCAAGCCCAUCCGGGUGUCAGAGCCUGUGUUUGUCCUGCCUGUGAGGAGAGGGAGUGUCACAGUGCUCAGUGGCUAUGCAGCUGAUGACAUUACCCACUGUAUCCGGCCUCAAGACAUCAAGGAGCGGCGUGCAGUUAUCAUCCUCAGAAAGACCAGACCUGAUGCUCCUCGACUUGACUCUACCAGCCCUUUAAGCUCUUCUUUCAUUGAGAGACCCCCUCCGCUGAAAGCCAAGCGCUCUCAUCGGAAAGCAGACCCUGAUGCUGCUCACAGGCCGAGGGUACUAGAGAUGGAUAAAGAGGAGAACAGACAUCCGUCACACUCUCGUCAUCGUCGUCACAGCAUCAGCUCAGAGAACUACUGGAGACGCGGUCAAGACUCCGACAAACACCGGGAGAGUUCAGGACGCAAAGUCAAAAUGAGACGCCACUGAGCACUUCUCUGUCACACAUGUACACAUAUAAAUAUACCCAUUCUUUUACGUAUUUCAGUAUUGUAACAUUCUUUGAUCAGUCAUUUUCUGGCUCUGGUUUCAGUCUGGCGCGAGGAGCAUAGUCGCCAUGUUGUCUGCGUUUUGAUUUGAGUCUGGAUCGGUUUGAGUGCAUUAUUUGUUUCUGGCAGACGAAGCUGGCGUGUCUGCUGCACAGUGCAGAACCUGUUACUUACUACAGUUAGGCUCUGUCGUUGAAUUACCUUUAAUUGAACAUUUCUUGUUUCUGUCUAUAGAUACUUCAAAAUGGCAUGUAUUUUUUGUAACCAAGAUGUACAGACCGCAAGAGCCAAAAGAAAGACGUAUGUAUGGACUUGUACAAAAGAAAACCCGAGCUGUAAUCUAACUUGUUAUAAUGUACAAUAAGUUUGUAUAGUCUUUGAUUGGGGCGACUUUUAUGCAGAAAGAAACCUUUGUUUUUUGGCACCUACGUUUCUGAUCCCUACCUUUACUGUGCCAUCCCAGAUCUUUUUUCACUUCGGCCUCCCUAUUUAAGUUGAAACACCUGGCGGAUGUUCAGCCAUGCUUUCUGUGUUACGAUUUGAUUCAUCUGUAUGGCUCAUCUUGGCGGAGGUCACAAUACGGUGCAUCAACUGAACUGAUCAUUCAUGGAGUGAUGAAAAACUCAGGCCUUGUUUUACACUCCUGUUUCAGUUUGAAGUUGCUUUACCUUAUAUAGUGACAGAGGCCGUGUAAUUGCUGUUCUGUAUUAAAUCGAAUUUUUCCUCAUUCA